ACAAUUCAUUUUUCCCGUGAAUUUUUCUGGUAAACAACUCUUCUCUACUUUGCUCUCUACUUUUCAACCUCCUAUUUUGAAGCUUUCUCUUUUUCCUUCAUGGAAUUUACGCAGUGAAUAAUAUAAAGCUGGGAAAGUUCUGAUAAUGGGUACGCGACACUCUUAUUUUUUGCUCCGGGUGAAAAAGUUUGCCCUCCCAUUUCCUGUGCGCUCGUACUACGUCAGUUCGCUUCCACGUGGCACAGAGACGCAACCCAAAAUGUUUUACUCUGGCAGUGAGCACUGUGCUGUUUCAGAAAUUUUGUCUCUUACAAUUUCGUGAUGUGCAAAGGCCUUUUCAGCCUUCUAGUAUCUUGUCAGAUACUCUUCCUUGUUAUUCCGGAUGUUCUUCCUUUUAAUCCAAACACUCCUCAGUUUGUGGCAAACCGAAGGAAAAUGUUGGACUUGGUCGUCUACAACGACAAAUGCAACGAGCUCAAUCACCUCAGCAGAACAAUGGAGACGGCACAAAGUUGGCAUAAAAUAAUAAAACCCCGAAAGUACAGAAGAGCGCAAUCGAAGCUAAGGGAAUGGUACGCUGCUUUGUCGGUCGGUGAUGAGGCUUGCAAGGAGGCGCUUUACUUAUGGACCACACUUCCCGGUGACGAGAUGGCCAAGUGUGCCGGCGCUGUUUCACCGAUUUGUCAAAAUUACCCGGAAACAGGCUGGAUAUGCGGUGUCUAUUGGCAUGACGCGGACCGCAUUGAUCCCCCGUUAGAGUUUCCUUUCAAAUAUUGUCUUCAAAAGUCACUUGAGGUGGAUGCAGCCUUUCGCAAGGAAGAGGAGCCAGAUGUUGGUGCUGGCAGAUCACCUGGUCAUCAACGCCGGAAUUCUCCCAGUAGAGGCAGCAAGAACUCCGACAUGAGUGGUAGAAACCGACAAGAAAGUAGCAGAAGCUCUGAUAGCGAGGACAAGGCACCUAUCAAAAGCUACAGUUUAAUAACACAGUACAGCGAUGAUAGCAGCAGUAGCCAGAGGAGCCAAAGCAGUAGUAGUACAAAUAGCCAGAGGAGCAAACGCAGUAAUGGCAGAAAGAGCCAGAAGAGUAGAAGUCGAAAGAGGGAGAACUUCGAAGCAGAGAGGCAGGCUGUUGUUGUUGCUGCUGCUGCUGUUGCUGCGAGUGGUGCUCUAGACAAUGCCAAGGUAAAGAAGGAUGAGAAAGCCGACAAAAUGAGAAAUAAACAAAAAAUGGUUCAAGACUGGACGGACAGUGAUGGCGAAAAGUACUGGGGUACAGGCGGAGACGGUGAUUUAAAUACGGGCAACAGCCACCAGCAUGACGUCAAGAGUCCUGUUAGGGACUCACCUAGGGUUAGAAAAAGGGGGAGGGCCACCAGCUCUCCUAACAGCAGUCCUAACCGCGCCUUCAACGGUAACUCUUUAAACGUCAAGUUAAACAAACACUAUCCGGGGGAUGUAUCAAUCGAGCCAUAGGGUUGUUGUGAGCGGGUGACCCAUAGAGACCUAUCCUGCAAUGCCAAGUCUAAGAGCAGUAAAUCCAUAGUUUACCGUAGGUCCAAAAAAAAUAAAAAUAUAAAUAGUUAGGCUUGUUUCAAAAGAUAAGACGUAUUUUGAAUAGAAGCAAAAGUUGAAACUUUUAUGCGCCGAUGAUUAUGAGUGAAGUUGCGACAGCCUCAUGAAACCCCUUGCAUGAAACAUAGUAUGUUUUACUGCGUUUUACUGUAAGUUGGAAAUUCUGCAUUCUAACUGACUUACCAUGGUACUAUCUUGAUCAACAUCAAACUAUCUAUACGACGAGAGUUAACGUGGCAUUUCUGAAGGGGUAAACAUAGUUUUUGUGAAAGGCAAACUUUUGUAAACUAGUUUUUCACUCAUUUUCGAGCAAGUAAUUCUCAAAACCGGAGAGUACCUGAAUCACUAAAUACAAAAAGGGCACAAGUCCAAAAAACCAACUUGUUCAGGAGACACAAAAAACUGUUUAUUUCGUGGUAAAUAUUUUUCGGAAAGUCGUUAUGUAGUGAUUCACCUAUAAUUUUCAUUUAUUUAUUUAUUUAUUUAUUUAUCUAUUUAUUUAUUUAUCUAUUUUUGAAGAUGGUCUUUGGCGGAAAAGGCUAAAAGCUCAGAGCGAUAUCAACUCACUAAUUCAUCUGUCUUCAAAUUAUUAUUCAGAGUGUAACUUUUGAAUAUUCAUAAAAUUUCAUCGUCGUUUACUCACGUUUUCAGUUUUUUUUUAUCGGUUCAUGUACCUA